AUGGGCUGGUUCGACGACAACCACUGGGCCGGCGAGGCCUACGACUUCGGCGCCGGCUACAUGGCACAGGCGGGCUUCACCGAUGCGUACGGCGGCCCUUCGUCAUCGAUGCAGCGCCUCGCCGCGUCCCUCCAUCGUGGUGCUCCGCGCGGAGGCGGAGGAUCGCGCGGAGGCGGAGCAUCGCGCGGCGGUGCAUCGCGCGGCGGCGGCGGCGGCGGAGGCGGCGGCGGCGGCGGAGCGCCGCGCGGCGGCGGCGGCGGCGGCUUCUGCGCUUGUGGAUCGUCCGCGGCGAAGGCGUGCACGCUGCAAAUGUGCGGCAACUGCUGCACCGGCUGCCCUCGGCACCCUCAGUCGAAGGGCAAGGCCGCGGCGUCCAGCGCGCCGGCGCCAAAGCUGCCUGUCUCGUCCAACCCGCCGCCCUCGACGAACGCGGCCAUGACGGGUCGCCCAGCGGCGGCUGUGCUGGCAGUGAUCGCUCCGGCGCCGAGCGCUGCCGGCGCAUCCAUGUCCACCCCGCGCUUUGCGGCCUCCUCGGUGGCGCCGUCGCAAUUCGCGGUCGCGGCGACGGCGCGCGCGCCGGCCCCGGUGCGAAGGGCGCCGGCGGCCGCGCCCAAGGCGCCCAAGGCGGCCGUCGCCGGCGGCGGGUGCGGCCCGUUCCUCGCGCAAUGGGAGACGCGGCCGACCGUCGUCGAGUACGCCAAGUCGGGCCGCUCCACAUGCAAGGCGUGCCACCUCCCGAUCGACAAGGGCGAGGUGCGCAUCGGGACGGAGGGGCUCGGCGAGACGGCUUACGGCGGCGCGUUCAUGAUGACGUCGUGGAAGCACGUCGGGUGCCAGCCGCGCUCGCGCAACGGGGGCAACACGCUGUACGGCAAGGCGGCGCUGCGUUCAGGCGACAGGGCGUACGUCGACGCCUGGGCGCGCGGCGACCAGUCGGCGAUGGACGCACACCUGGCGCGCGCGCGGCGGGCGGCGGCCGACGCGGAGGCCGCCGCCGAGCGGGCCCGGGAGGAGGAGAGGGCGGCCAAGGAGAGGGCGAGGGCCGAGAAGGCGGCGGCCAAGGCGGCGGAGAAGGAGGUGGCAAGGGCGGCCAAGGCGGCUGAGAGGGAGGCGGCGAAGGCGGCGAAGGCGGCGGCCAAGGAGGCGGAGAAGGAGGCGGCCAAGGGGGCGAAGGCGGCGGCGAAGGAGGCGGCAAAGGUGGCGGAGGUGGCGGCCAAGGCGGCGGGGACGGCGGCCGGGAAGGAGGCGGCCAAGGCGGCGAGGGCGGCCGUGGCGCUGGACGCCGCCAAGCCGGCCAAGCGUCCCCGCGACGCUGACGCCGGCGACGGCGUGGCGGGCGACGCCUCUUGUGCGGAGGAGGAGGAGGAGGAGGAGGAGAUGGAGGAGGAGGAGGAGGAGGAGGAGGAGUUCGAGGUCGAGGCCUUGCUCGAGGCCAAGGGCUCGGGCCGAGGCCUCAAGUACCUGGUCAAGUGGAGGGGGUACGACGGACCCGACGACAACACGUGGGAACCAGCCAAGCAGCUCCCCGCCGGGAUGGUCGCCGAGUUCGAGGCGGCGCGCGCCGCGCCGCCCUCGGCCAAGCGGGCGAGGGUGCGCGCCGCGCCGCCGCAGGCGGCGGCUGUUGCCGGCGGCGGCGACGAGGAGGACGACGAGGAGAUGACGGUUGGCGAGACGGCGGCGCGGGCGGAGCUCAAGGCCGAGGCCGAUGCGGCCGCCGUGGGCAAGCUGACCGUGCCGAAGCUCAAGGAGGCACUGCUGCAGCGCGGCCUCGAGGCCACCGGCCUGAAGGCGGUGCUGGCGGCGCGGCUGCUCGAGGCCCUGGGAUCGGAGUGA